UCCAUGCACAGCUUUAGUGCAACAUGAGGGCUGGAUACAGCUGGCUCUCGGAAGGACGACCUCGCCUGCUGCGGAACAGAGAGGACUGAGACGGGGAAGCAAACCUGGGUGCAGCCGGAAAGGUCCAGAUACAUAAGCUUGUGGCAUCCGUUCCCCAGGUUCAGGAGCUCUGUACACCCCAGCUUGGCCUUACUGUCCCCGACCUGUGUUUGCUAAGGCUACCCAAACUUGGCUUUCAAAGGAAGACUUUCUUGUUCCGUCUGCCUGGGGACAGCUGGACGUCAGAAUGCGCGUAGUGGUCAUCUUGCUUCUAUUCUGCCUCUGCAGAGCUGCUGAGCCUCGCAAGUCCGUCCGGGGUUCUUUGAGAAGCCAAGGCAAUCCCAGCCGCAGCCGCGGCCGGGCAGGUGGUGGCAGGAGAGGCUCCAGCCCGGUCAAACGCUAUGCACCAGGCCUUCCUUGUGAUGUGUACAUGUAUCUCCAUGAGAAAUACCUAGACUGCCAAGAAAGGAAACUAGUCUAUGUGUUACCCGACUGGCCUCAAGAUUUGCUGCACAUGCUGCUGGCGAGAAACAAAAUCCGCGUGCUGAAGAACAACAUGUUUGCUAAGUUUAAAAGGCUAAAGAGCCUGGACCUGCAGCAGAACGAGAUAUCCAAAAUUGAGAGCGAGGCGUUCUUUGGUUUAAAUAAACUGACCACACUCUUGCUGCAGCACAACCAGAUCAAGGUGCUGACGGAGGAGGCGUUCAUCUACACACCUCUCCUGAGCUACAUGCGUCUCUAUGACAACCCCUGGCACUGCACUUGUGAGCUAGAGACUCUCAUUUCCAUGCUGCAGAUUCCGCGGAACCGGAACUUGGGGAACUACGCCAAGUGCGGAAGCCCACCAGCACUGAGACAUAAAAAGCUGCUGCAGCUAAAGCCCCAAGAACUAUGUGAUGAAGAGGAGAAGGAGCAAUUGGACCCCAGACCCCAAGUAUCGGGGAUACCCGCAGUCAUCAGGCCGGAAGCAGACUCCACUCUAUGCCACAAUUACGUGUUUCCCAUACAAACACUGGACUGCAAGAGGAAAGAGUUGAAGAAAGUCCCAAGCAACAUCCCUCCAGACAUUGUAAAGCUUGACUUGUCAUACAACAAAAUCAGCCAGCUCCGACCCAAGGAGUUUGAAGAUGUUCAUGAACUAAAGAAGUUAAACCUAAGCAGCAAUGGCAUUGAGUUUAUAGAUCCUGCUGCCUUUUUAGGGCUAAUACAUCUAGAAGAACUGGACUUAUCAAACAACAGCCUGCAGAACUUUGACUAUGGAGUGUUAGAGGAUUUGUACUUUCUGAAACUCCUGUGGCUCAGAGAUAACCCUUGGAGGUGUGACUACAGCAUCCAUUACCUCUACUACUGGUUAAAGCACCACUACAAUGUCCACUAUAAUGGUCUGGAAUGCAAAAUGCCAGAAGAAUACAAAGGGUGGUCUGUGGGGAAAUAUGUACGGAGUUACUAUGAAGAAUGCCCCAAAGACAAGUUGCCAGUGUAUCCUGAGACUUUUGACCAGGACACAGAUGAUGAUGAAUGGGAAAAAAUACACAGAGAUCACCCAGCAAAGAAGCAUAGAGUAAGAAUCACCAUAGUGGGUUAGAUACUUGCCGAACCGUUCUAGCUAGACCCAGCAGCAUAGCACUAUGCUGGUGUGGGAAAACCAUAUGUUUACAUUUGGAUUAAUUGUGAUGCCUAUUUAUGCAGGGUUAUCAAGCUACAAGGAGCUUCCUCUGAUUAGUUUGUAACUAUUAAUAGGCUGUGACAAUUUUAAUAAUCUAGGGAAACAUGCUCACCUGUGGAUCCGAUUCCCAUUACAGGAGUACACAGUGAGCCAGGACUGGUAGUACGUGUCCAUAACCCCAACACUAAAGCUGAGGCAGGAAGAUCAUGAUGCCAACCUGGGCUACAAAGCCAAAAACAGUCUCAAAAUAGCUGAACUAUUCCACACUGGUGACUUGAGGAAGUUGGAUCUUAAUGAUGGCAUUAGAAUUUCGUAGUAUCUUGCAUAUGUUUUUAAUGGCUUUUUGAAA